GGCGGGGAAGAAGACGGAGAGCAUAUGACCGAGGUCCGAGACGCCACGGAGCACAUGAUCGAGGUCUUAGAAACCAACCAGCAAGCUGGGCAAGCCGUCCAGCAACCCAGCAAUCCAUCCAGCCAGCUAGAUCAAACCAGCAAGGACCGCGCGACGGCUAACACAGCUCAUUCGCUGCUGCUGAACAUAUUGUCACACAAGACCUUGCAGAUACAGCCUUGCCCGGGCUCCACGGUGACCACGGUCACCACCGUCACCACGGUGGCGCCGCCACCGCCGCCGCCGCGACCGCCGCUCACCAAACCCGGCGAGGUCAUCGAACUCAGCGACGAAGACUGACUACCAUCUGAUGCACAGAUAACAACAAGAUUAUCUCACCGUACACUACGCUACGACUCGUGGUAAGGCUACUAGGGAAUACGUUACAAAUUGAUAAGUCAAGCAUCCCAUGCACUUAUUCAUACAAUUGUACAGGCCUCAAUUAUUGUAGUUAAUUUAUGUUUUAUCCCUUUCUUACGACAUAAGUCAAAGUGACAGAUUAUGAAAAACGAUGAAUAACUAGUUACUUGAGUCUUGUAGCGUCUUUAUAAAAAAAAUAUCUGGGACACCGAGCUUUGCCUUUGCAAAAAACAUAAAAACUCAAAAAUGCGCGUUUUCCCAGAGAUAAGACCUAGCACCUAGCUACAUCGAUUUUUCGCCCCCGAAAACCCUCAUAUACCAAAUUUCAUCGAAAUCGUUAGAGCCGUUUCCGAGAUCCCCGAAAUAUAUAUUAUUAUAAAUAAUUGGUCGUAUAAAGGUAUAACAUAAGAUAACACUAUUGUAAGCUAGCAUUAGUAAAAAUUAUAAAUACCCUGUUUCCACUAGUAUUCAUAUAAUGUAUUUAUGUAAGUAAAAUAAUAGAAUAUUGGUUCUAAUUCUAAGUAGUCAAUGUGGGGUUGUAGUUUCAUUUGAAACUUCUAUGAAUUCAUCUCAGAUUAGAACGCCAUUUUAGAAUUUAGAGUAUUAUAAUUUAUAAAGUAUCUUCAUCAAUUUGGACUUGAGUCACCUACUGCUUAGGUCUCGACUUUUAAUGUACAUAUUUUAAAGUGUUAUAUAAGUAGAUAAAGGUCAGAGCACACCGGCUCCGUGUGCGUCGAUGUGCACGUGCACUAAAAUGUUGGAGCCGUGCACGCACACGUCACGCGAGCAGUGUGCCUUCUCUCAUAAGGAUCUGUAGAUUGCAACGCGCACGUGCACGUCUGCGCACACGCGUCCGGUGUGCUCGGGCCUUUACAAGACUGAUAAUGUACAGUCAGCCGCCAUCAGCUAAACCGGAGCGGCCAACGUGCUCAACAAUAUCGGAAACUGCACUUUAACUUCUUUAUAUGUACAGUCUGUGGCCUGUAAUACGAGCAAACAAUUUUACCGCAGGCUGUACUCCUCAUACUGACCAACAUUUGUUCAGCAACUUUUAAAAAUAACUUGUGGUUUGAUUUUUAAUACACUUUAAAGUUUAUUCUAAGACGCAAUGUAUUGCGAAUUUUGUUAUGUUUAAGGCGUGACAAGCAACGUCAAUCACAAUGAUAUGGCGUGGCGUUGGCGUCUAUUGAAGAUAAUAUUUAUUUUGUAUGAAAAAUAGGGACUCUAAAUACUUCAUAAUUUUUAAAAGUUGUUGAACAAAAGUGUCAUCGUUUGAGGAGUACAAUCUAUGUUUUAAUUAUUUGCUCGUGUUACAGGCCACACCCGGUAUACUUAAUAGAUGCUUUGUUUAGAUAUUUGUGAACAACUUGGCCGCUCCGAUAUAUCUGAUGGCGACUGGACUGUCGAAGUAUUUCUGCGAUAUUUUAAUUUGGAUCACUGUCAAAGGAAGGUCUUUAGUUAUUAGACUGACAAAUAUGAUAGAAUUAAUUUUAGGUUUAAGAUUUAACUAAUAUCUCCAAAGAAUAUUAUAGUUAAUGCUGACGUAAGUUGUGUAUUUUAUAUUAAAGAAUAAUUUAAAUAAAAAAUAUACCAUGGCAGUGUAUCUUAUGUAAGUAUCUUAAAUUACGGAUCUAUCGCUAUUCAGGUUUAACAGGUUUUAACAAAUGUGCUUAUUUAAAGAAUAUCGAAAGAUAAACUUAUUGCAAUGUAUGUCUACUUUACUUUACUGUUAUAUUUUAUUUUAAUAGUAUGAUCAUGUAUUCUAAUUCUAAUUGUAUAACCUAGUUGUGACGGUCAAAAGGCUAAACAAGGCAUUGAAAGGGUUAAUAAGGUUAAUAUAAAUAUGUACCUAUGUAUAAAUAAUGAACUCUUUAUUGUACAAAACACAAAUAUGGCACAGGAUAGGCAGUACAAAGGCGAACUUGUCCCUUUAAGGGAUUUCUUCCAGUUAACCUUUGAGUUAAUUGUUUGUGUAUUGAAUUUUAUCCGGAUUAAAACAGCGGCCGUCGUUGGGUGCGUCACGUGAAUGUUAGAAUUAUAUGAAUGUUGCGAAGACCGUCUACAGCUGUUCGGCCGCUUCUAACUCUCGCAUCUGUCCAACUACAGAGUCCAACCAAAACACAGGGUUUACGUAGAGCUAAAGGAGUGAAGCUCUCCCUUUUUGACUUUCUGACCGAAGUAGGUACUUAAAUACGAGUUGUUGCCGUAUGGCGGUCUUCCCAACCAAAAAUAUUAU